CACAGCCUCAGGUCCAGGCUACAGCAGUACCGUAUGUGGAGAGAGAGACCUGGACCAGACAGAUGGACUUCAUCAUGUCCUGUGUGGGCUUCGCUGUGGGGCUGGGCAAUGUGUGGCGCUUCCCUUACCUCUGCUACAAGAACGGUGGAGGCGUGUUCCUGAUCCCCUACAUGAUUAUUGUGUUCAUCGGAGGUAUUCCCGUGUUCUUCCUGGAAAUCGCUCUUGGUCAGUUCAUGAAGCAAGGCGGGGUCUCUGCAUGGAACAUUGCCCCUCUCUUUAAAGGUCUUGGCCUGGCCUCCAUGGUAAUAGUGUUCUUCUGUAACACCUACUACAUCAUGAUCCUGGUGUGGGGCCUGUACUUCCUGCUUCACUCCUUCACCAACCCGUUACCCUGGGCUACCUGCGGGCACCCCUGGAACACAAUCAACUGCACUGAAAACUUCCGCCGGGCUUGCCACAACCGCAGCGCCCUGCCUCUCCUCUCCUCCACCCCCGAUCCCUCUAUCCCCAUCUCCCUCCUCUCGUCGGUGGUAUCCUCCCCACUCAACCUCUCAUCCUCUACUCUGCUCCUCUUCAACGGCAGCUGCGUGGAACCAGAGGGCAUGCGCUCGCCAGUCAUUGAGUUCUGGGAGCGUAAGGUGCUCCGUCUCUCUGGUGGUCUGGAUGAGCCUGGUGACAUCAGCUCUCACAUGGUCCUCUGUCUGAUCGCCACCUGGGUUAUUGUUUACUUCUGCAUCUGGAAGGGAGUCAAAGGCACAGGCAAGGUAGUGUACUUCACAGCUCUGUUCCCUUACCUGGUCCUGGUGGUUCUGUUGGCCCAUGGUGUAACCUUACCUGGAGCGCUGGAUGGGAUUGUGUACUACCUGAAACCAGACUGGUCCAAACUCUGGGAAGCCCAGGUGUGGAUCGAUGCUGGCACUCAGAUCUUCUUCUCCUAUGCCAUUGGUCUGGGUGCUUUAACUGCCCUGGGCAGCUACAACCGCUUCCACAACAACUGCUACCAAGAUGCGUUUGUUCUAGCCAUGAUCAACAGUGGGACCAGUUUCUUUGCAGGGUUUGUGGUGUUCUCAGUGCUGGGCUUCAUGGCUGCAGAGCAGGGGGUCGACAUCAGCAAGGUGGCCGAGAGUGGUCCAGGCCUGGCGUUCAUAGCCUAUCCCAAGGCUGUUACUCUGAUGCCUAUGGCUCCAGUCUGGGCAGCGCUCUUCUUCUUCAUGCUGUUGGUACUGGGCCUGGAUAGCCAGUUUGUUGGGGUGGAGGGCUUCGUCACGGGGGUCAUGGACAUGCUACCGCCCAAAUCUAUGGCGGGCUCGCUGCGUCGCGAGGUUGUCGUGGCGAUAUGCUGCAUCACCUGCUUUUUCAUCGACCUCUCCAUGGUAACAGAGGGAGGGAUGUAUGUGUUCCAGCUGUUUGACUACUACUCUGCCAGUGGGAUCACACUGCUCUGGCAGGCCUUCUGGGAGUGUGUGGUGGUGGCCUGGGUCUAUGGUGCAGAUCGUUUCAUGGAUGAUGUGGCUCGUAUGAUUGGCUACCGGCCGAUGCCCUACAUGAAGUGGUGCUGGUCCUACAUCACGCCCCUUGUUUGUGUGGGAGUGUUCCUGUUCCACGUGGUGAACUACAAGCCCCUGACCUAUAACUCAAUGUAUACCUACCCCUUGUGGGGGGAGGCGCUGGGCUGGUGUCUGGCCCUCUCCUCAAUGCUCUGCAUCCCCAUCACGGUCCUCUACAAACUACUGCGCUGCAAAGGAUCCUUCACAGAGCGUUGGCAGCACCUGACCACUCCGGUGUGGGGUCGACAUCACAUGGAGUACUUGGCUCCUGAGUCUGAGGCCAAACUGCUGCCCCCUAAUGGCCAGACCAAAAACACUUUGCUGUUUGAGAGUGUCAUCUGACCAUCUGAGCCCCACAGAAUCCACCCCCUCGUUUCCCACUCAGAACCCUCCGUCCCAAACACACACUCACACAAACACACAUAGAUACAUACACACACCCUGCCUUGGCCCAGCCAUAAAUGCACAGGAAGGCCACUCUGAAGCCGAUUAAACACACACACUGAACAGCCCUGGACCAAUGGACCAAAGAAAAGAUGGGACAAGAGCUCAAAUACACAAUCAAUACAGGCUGACAUUCUUUCUGUUUUCCUCUACCUCUCUCUCUCUCUCUCUCUCUCUCUCCGUCUUCUGCUCUGUGCCUCACUGCUGUCCUUUCCUGUCUCGUCCUGUGAUUGUGUUGUGAUGUCGAAUGCAGCUGCGAUAUCUUGCCCCCCCCAUCCCAUCUCCACUGUGUCUCUCCCUCUCCUCCCUGUGUAAUGGAUUCUGUGGGGCGGUUCAGUGCUGCUGACCCAGUCUGUAGUAACCCAACAUACCCUGUUGAUGGUGCUGAAUGAGUAUUACUGAUCCCAAGCUGGUAAACACUUAUCUGUCUACUGUAGAUCUGACCGUGUGUGUGUGUGUGUGUGUGUGUGUGUGUGUGUGUGUGUGUGUGUGUGUGUGUGUGUGUGUGUGUGAGAGACUAAAGGAGAGAGGUACUGUGCUCUAUGUUAUCUGUGUUCGUCUUUGACUCUGAGCUCAACCUGUCACCCGACCACUAUUUUCUAUCCUCCCUCAUCAGUCAAACUGUUAAGAAACUUCCCUCUGUAAAUUACAAAAACAGCUAAGCACCACCACUUCCAGUGUAACUAACUAACUUACUAACUUAAGUGUCUUGAGUAUUGUGUGAGUCUGUGAAUCAGUGUUAAUAUUGGGGAGGGGAUUGUAAUCAGCAUUUCCACCUUGUGAGAGAGAGAGAGAAGCCUACUGAUUUAGAAAGAGAGAGAGGGAGAGGGAGAGAGAGAGAAGCCUACUGA